AUGGCGCAGCCGCAACCCCAGAUGCCCCAGAGAGCGUUCUCGCCUCCCCAGCCCACUCCUUCCCCCGCCGCGACGCAACCAGGCUUUGCGCUCCCUCCUAACAAACGACCGCGACUUUCUCCUGGCGCAACACCGCAACCCGAAUCUCCAUACUCUACUUCGCCUUAUGCCGCGAGUCCCGGCGCUCCCGUUACCCCUUCCACAGCUGCGACAUCCGCAGGCUCGCCGAUUUACCCCAACGCCCAGCCACAGCAGCAGGCGCAACCGCAACAACAGUCCGUUGCGAAUAAUUACUCCACCCCAUACGCAAACGGCAACAGCACUCCCACGUUGGCCCUUCCCGAACAGCGACCGACUCCUCAACCUCAAGUUACCACGCCUCAACCUCCAGCACCGCCAACACUACCAUACACCAACGCGCAAUUGACUCUCGGCGCUACACCAGGCACUCCCGCCAUGCAGCAACCCUCCCCUACCCCCGGCGCCAUGGGUCCGCCCUCGCGUCCUCCCGACCGACCGCAGAAGGAAUACGAUUACGAUCCUACCGAUUCGCUUGCUGGAACAGGCAUCGACCUUCGCGCCGAGGAACAAUACCUCUCUGACCUCUAUGUCCCUGAUGGACAGAGAACCGGCUAUGCCCCAUACCCUCCGGGUAAUAAAGGAAGCUUCUACGGUGCUGGCCCCGCGAACCAGCCAGCUCAGCCGGCCGGAGUAACCACACAGAAUGCGCUCGUCGCGCAGGAGGUGGAAAAGGCAUGGCAAGAAUCUGCGAAGCGCUUGGCUACUACUAGAACUAUGGAGCUGAACAACGCAUUCUUGCAAAUCCCCAUCAUCUUCCGCAAGGCAGAGAAGUUCGCGAAGGAGCAGGGACUGUCGCUCAACUUGGAGAUCAAGAACAAUAACCAGCCUAUGGGGCGGAUGCGGUUGCCCGAGGAGUUUCCCAACCCGUCUGUCACGGUCUCCACCAAGACCGGGCCCGACGCUACAAUGGUAACCACGACUGGCACCUGGAUACCUCAAGAGGCGUAUCUGGUCGACCAGUUGGCUUUGUUGUCGCUCGCCACCAAGCAACGCCUGAGGACUCUCAUGGAGGAUAGCAACCGGAUUGCCAAGAACCGUCAGAAGUCGUCACACGGCGAGGUCCCUGAGGAGUGGCAGACAGCAGCCGCACCCCUGAAGAGUGCCAUGGAGACGCAGGAAGUCGACGCGACGCAACAGACGGGGACUGAAAACGGCUCCAGUCCUCGCCCUCAAAAGCGUUCUCUCGAGGAUGCCCACUCAAGUCAACCUAACAAGGUUCAGAAGGUCGCUGCUACAAACACCAUGAGUCACACUGUGAGAGAGGUCGGUAAGGCUGAGAGAGACUGGGAGGAGAGACGGUUGCGAAGACGCAAUGCCAGAAAAGACGGCACUGCGGAGGCCGGAUCAACGACAUCACGCGCAGGCUCAGUCGCGCCUGGAACCCCUGGGGGCUCAGCACCAGACUCGGAGAAGCAAAUUUCCAAGAAAGAGCAGAAGAAACUUGACGCGGUCAAGAAGGCUGAGGCCAGCAGUCACGCCAAUCAGAACAUUACGAGCAGCAUGUUCGUGGGUAUGCCCAAAACGGGAUCCCUAUUUGGAAAGAAGAAAGGCGGCAAGUCAUACUCGUGGAUGACGGGAGGUAGCGGUGCUACUACCCCCAGACUUGGCACUCCCGGAAAGGCGGGCGGUGCAGCUGCUUCGGGCCCUCCAGCCCCGGCGAACCACGCGCUCACAGUCGAGGGUAGAGCCCGACUUGGCAAUUGGCGUGAAGACAAAGAGAAGGGAAAGAACAUCCAGCUCAGAGACUGGGUGGCUGCCCUUGAGGGUGAUGAAGUUGAGCAGAGGGCCAUGCAGACGGCAUAUGACAAGAUGGACACGUCUGAUCCAAAGUAG